AUGUCCUUCUCAAACCUGGUUUCCGACCUUGCGCUGAGGGACAACUAUGAAGAUCGGAAUUCCCAAAUUUCGAACACACGAUCUCAGGCCACCGCUCGAUCAUACACUAGUACCGCAGCCACGAGUGUCAGUAUUUCUGGGGAUAUUUCGAGCCAGCUUCAUUCGGGCUACAGUCAUCCGCUCAGCAGGUCAUGGCAAGCCGAGAGGCAAUUGACCAAGGAGUCGCUAAUAUAUCCUCUUUUCAUUACCGACAAUCCGGAUGAAGAGACGCCCAUCCCGUCACUACCUAACCAGCAUCGUCGAGGAUUGAAUCGUUUAAUACCCUUUUUAAAACCGCUUGUUCUCAAAGGACUGCGAUCAGUUAUCUUAUUUGGCGUACCCUUACACCCAGCUGCUAAAGAUGCCUUGGGAACCUCCGCGGACGACCCUGCCGGUCCCGUUGUCCAAGCAAUUCGCCUUCUCCGGUCACGCUUUCCCGAAUUGUACAUUGUGACCGACGUCUGCCUUUGUGAAUACACGUCUCAUGGUCACUGUGGGAUAUUACGUGAGGAUGGUACGCUUGAUAAUACGCAAUCUGUUGACCGUAUCUCGGAUGUUGCUUUAGCGUAUGCAACUGCUGGGGCGCACUGCGUCGCGCCUUCCGAUAUGAACGACGGGAGGGUCCGAGCUAUAAAACUCAAACUGAUUGAAGCUGGCCUGGCGCACCGUGUGCUUCUUAUGUCCUAUAGUGCUAAGUUCAGUGGUUGCCUCUAUGGCCCGUUCCGUGAUGCAGCCGGUUCCUGCCCGUCCUUCGGGGAUCGCAGGUGCUACCAACUUCCUCCCGGUGGCCGCGGACUUGCACGGAGGGCCAUUCAAAGAGACAUGGGCGAGGGUGCAGAUAUCAUCAUGGUAAAACCAGCAAGCAGCUACUUGGAUAUCAUAAGAGAUGCAAGAGAGCUCGCAAAGGAUAUUCCAAUUGCCGCAUAUCAAGUCAGUGGUGAAUAUGCCAUGAUACAUGCUGGAGCUAAGGCUGGAGUCUUUGACUUGAAAUCGAUGGCCUUUGAAAGUACAGAAGGAAUCUUACGCGCUGGCGCCGGGAUUAUUGUGACCUAUUUCGCACCUGAAUUUUUAGAUUGGCUCUAG